ACUUAACUGGAAUCCUUCCUAUAUAAGCCAUCCUAACGCAAGAGCUAAAACACAGUACAUGACCGGAAUUAAUUAAAAGCACAAUCUAAACUAAAGAUGGCUUUCUCGCAAUCCGAAGUUGUAGUUUUCUUCCGUCUAGCGUUGCUCGCUUUCCUGCUCGCCGACUCGGCACCUCGCGCCACGGCGCGCUCGCCGGCCGACAUGCUGAUGCGCGAGAGGCACGGUCGGUGGAUGACGCGGCAUGGGCGAACGUACACGGACGCCGCUGAGAAAGAACGGCGGUUUGCGACUUUCAAGGCGAAUGUCGAGUUUAUCGAGAUGUUCAAUGCGGGAGGCCAUAAGUACUGGCUAGGAGCAAACCAGUUCGCCGACCUCACGAACGAGGAGUUCAGGGCCAUGAUCGACGGACUCCGGUCGUCGGAUUCUCGCGCGGUGGGAUCGAAAAGCAACGGCUUCAGGUACGAACAUGUUACUGCGGUGCCUGCAUCUCUGGAUUGGAGAACGAAGGGCGCAGUCACCCCAGUAAAAGACCAAGGCAGUUGUGGAUGUUGCUGGGCAUUCUCUGCAGUAGCUGCAGUGGAAGGGAUCACCAAGAUUAGAACCGGCAAGCUGAUCUCAUUAUCAGAGCAAGAGCUUGUGGAUUGCGAUACGGAAGGCGAGGAUCAAGGCUGCGACGGCGGCUACAUGGACGACGCCUUCGAGUUCAUCGUAAAGAACGGCGGCCUCACGACGGAAGCCAACUACCCCUACCAAGGAACCAACGGCACGUGCGACGCGAAAAUGGCGGCGCGUUCGCGUGCGGCUGCCACCAUCACAGGAUACGAAGACGUGCCGGUGAACAGUGAGGCGGCGCUUCUGAAGGCAGUAACGCAGCAGCCGGUGUCGGUGGCGGUCGACGGCGGCAGCAUCGGCUUCCAGUUGUAUGCCGGCGGGGUGCUGACGGGGGGUUGCGGAACGGAGCUAGAUCAUGCGGUCUUGGCGAUCGGAUACGGCACCGACGGUGGCGACGGAACGAAGUAUUGGCUCAUAAAGAACUCAUGGGGCGAAAUGUGGGGGGAGAAAGGAUAUAUGAGGAUGGAGAGGGACGUCGAGGCCAAGGAAGGGCUUUGCGGCAUCGCAAUGAUGGCUUCGUACCCGAAUGCUUAAGGAGAAUAAGAUUGAUUAAUUAAUGGAGGGGCUAGUUUAAUUAUUAUAUAUAAACUUAAUUUCACAUAUAUUUAUAGCUAGCUAGGUGUGUUUGCUUAAUUCCAUUCCAUGCAUGCAUGUUUCUCUUUGAAAUAUUGUGCAUUAUUAUACUUGCUGUUAAUGGGUGUGCUAGCUCUUUAAUUAUGUUGGCCUUGGGGGUGCAAUGCAAAGUACAUCGACAUUGGAGAUCGAGAAAGGAAUUACGUUGCAUGCAUGCAUGCUUAUUGAAGUA